AUGGACACCACUAAGAAUACACUGGCAGAGAAUUUUGGUGGCAAGGCCCAACACCUUGGAACCCAUCAGUUCAACUUGGACCAAGUCCCAGACUUGUCAGGAAAGACCGCUGUAGUUACGGGCGGGAGUGAGGGUAUUGGUUAUGGCUGUACCUAUACCCUGCUGAAGCAUAAUAUCGCCAAAAUCUAUAUUCUUUCUAUUUCCGAAGAGGUUGUGGCAGGCGCGAAAGAUGCCAUCGCAAAGGAUCUAGGCCAGGAGGCGGCAAACAAGACCAAAUGGAUACGUUGCGACUUGUCAGAUUGGUGGAGGGUGAAGGAUGUCGCAGAAGAGAUCAAGAAGGCUAGCGACAGGCUCGAUAUCCUGAUUAACAACGCAGCUAGAGGGAUUAUGACUUACCAACUCACCGACUAUGGCGUGGAUAGGCACAUGGCAGUCAACCAUAUGGGCCAUGUGAUCUUGACAUCUUAUUUACUUCCAUUGAUGAAACAAACCGCCGAGGGAGGUAACAUUGUGCGCAUUUCGAAUCAGUCUAGCAAUGCGCACCAAGCGGCCCCGAGUGAUACGAAAUUUGAAAGCUUGGAGGAAUUGAAUCGCGAUCUUGGGGCCAAUGCUCAAUAUGGACGCAGCAAACUUGCCAACAUCCUCUAUACUAGGUACUUCGCGGAGAAGGUUACGAAAGGGGGUUAUCCUGGGUUACUUAUGAAUGCAACUCAUCCAGGAUUCGUGAGUACUAAGAUGAGUAAUGAAGACAUCUUCGAACCAUUCCCGCUUGGCGGGUAUCUGAUGGCUACUGGCAUGGAGCCCUUCAAGAAGGACCAAUUCGAAGGAGCAGUCUCGACGAUGUUUGCCGCGACGUGUACGAGGGAAUCUGGCAAGUAUAUCUGCCCACCGGCUAUACCUGAGCAGGGAAGCGCACUCGCACAGGAUGACGUACUCAGAGACAAUUUGAUGAAAUUAACUCGAAAGAUUGUGACGGAGAAAACGAACGGCGAGGUGAAUGUUGGCUUUGACUGAAUGGAAACCACUGAAAGUAUCCAUAGCUCAAAUAUUCGAGAGUGGAAUCUAGCAAUAGGUAUAGGUACCAAUGAAAAUAACAUUAAUGGUGAAUUACAGCAUGAGGUGAA